AGGAAGGAGGGAAGGAAGAAAAGAAGGAAGGGACUCACUGGGGGACUUAAUUCACCAAAUCUGCGCCAGGAGAGACAAAGGAAAUGAUCUCACAAGAGCUGAGCACGGGGCCUCCGGAUGCCACCCAGGCAGUGACCUUCACCAACGAGAGCCUGGGCGGCCCCUCCUCCCCCUUCAUCUUGAGUGGCUUGCCCGGCCUGGAAGCUGCCCACUUCUGGCUGGCCUUCCCCCUGUGUGCCAUGUACGUGGUGGCCCUGGUGGGCAACUCCAUCGUGGUGCUGGUGAUUAAAGCCGAGCCGAGCCUCCACACGCCCAUGUACCUCUUCCUGGGGAUGCUGGCAGGGGUGGACCUGGUCCUGGCCUCCUGCACGAUGCCCAGGGUCCUUUCCCUCCUUUGGCUGGACGCCAAGGAGAUCGCCUACGGGACCUGCCUCCUCCAGAUGUUCCUCAUCCACUCCCUCUCGGGCAUGGAGUCCACCAUCCUCUUGGCCAUGGCCGUGGACCGCUACGUGGCCAUCUGCCGCCCGCUCCAGUACUCCACCAUCCUCACCAACUCUGUGGUGGUCAAAGUGGGUGCAGUGGCCUUGGUGAGAGGGCUGGUCUUCUUCCUUCCGCUGCCCUUGCUCCUCAACCGCCUGUCCUUCUGCCCCUCCAGGCCCCUCCACCAUUCCUACUGCCUCCACCAAGACAUGAUGAAUCUGGCGUGCGACAAGCAGAAGCUGAACAUGAACAUCGUCUACGGCCUGAUCGCCAUCAGCCUGGUGAUGGGCCUGGACUUCCUGCUCAUCCUCAUCUCCUACCUGCUGAUCCUGAAGGCCGUCCUGCGGCUGAGCUCCUGGGAGCAGCGCCUCCGGGCCUCCGGCACCUGCCUGGCCCACCUCUGCAUGGUCCUGGCCUUCUACGUGCCCCUGAUCAGCCUCUCCGUCAUCCACCGGUACGGGCCAGAUGUGUCUCCUCUGCUCCAGGCCGUCACCAGCAACAUCUACCUCCUGGUUCCCCCCGUGCUCAACCCCAUUGUCUAUGGGGCCAGGACCAGAGACAUCCGGAAGCGGGCCUUGAAGUACAUGAGGCUGAGCAGGAACAGGGAGCCUCACUGAAGCCGGCUGGGUGUAGAAAACCAAGCCGGGAGUCGCUUUCUUCAUCCCAGGAGGAGGCCGAGGGAGUUGGGACGCUUCUGAAGUCAACUGCCAUCUUCAACGGGCCCUUGCAGCCUUCCUGUUGCCAUGGCCAACAUCCCAACUUCUGACCAAGGAUGCCAAAGGAGGGACAGAAUGAAACGUCAAUGGCAAAAAUGAGAGACUUGAACA